AUGGGGAAUCUUUCUUGGAUUGUAGAGACAGAAAGGCUUAGAAUCAGGGCAAACUGUUAUGUGGCAUUCAGUCCUCAGCUUUCCCAGUCCGCUGAAGAGCGCUGGAAAUUCAGCUUUGAAAUCUAUUGGCCCCAUGUUCACCUAUUCGACAUCUUAUGAGCUCUAGUUCAACAUAGGCUCUCUUGCGGAGUAACGAGCACUUCUAAUCAUGCACCUCAUAUAUAUAUGCUUGGUUAACUUUGAUUGUCUGUACUUCAGUGUCACAUAGAACAGACCUUUCACAGGCAGUUGAGUGUUUCCAGGACCGCAUAGAACCUGGGAUGUCUCGGUCAAUUCAAUGUCUUGUAGCCACUGGACAUCAUCGUUAAGAACAGUCACUGCCGCCCCCGUGUCAAGCUUGGAGCAUGUUGUACGACCAUUCACUCCUAUCUGUGCAGACCAAUAGUUCUUAUCACUGCUGAUCUCAUGGAGGAAGUGUAUGUCUUCUUCGUCUUCUUCUACUGCAUGUACCUUUCUCGGAUAAGGUUUCUUGCUGAGACAGACAGACUGGUAAUGACCCUUUUUGUUGUAGUUACUACAAAUAGUGUCUCUAGCAGGGCGAUACUUCCUGUCAUGGUUCUGGCAUCCACACCAAAAACCGGGAUGGUCAUUCUUAGAGGG